CGACCGCCUCGACACCAAUGACGCAGUGGGGGAAGCUCGCGUCCGCCUCGCGCUUACUGCGCCGCACGAUCGUGCAAACGAAUGCAUCCCACCCGGCGAGAGCCUUCUCGUCGGCACCGCACCCGUCCGAAUCUUUCUUGAGCGGCACUAACAACGUCUACGUUGACGAAAUGUACAAGACGUGGACGCAAGACCCCAAAAGCGUGCACAAGUCGUGGGACGUGUACUUCCGCCAAGUCGAACAAGGUGCGCUGCCAGGCGAGGCGUUUAUCCCUCCCCCGACUGUUCAACCUGGUGUCACUCCUGUUGCGCGUUCCGGCGCUGCGGCCGCGAGCUCGUCCACGGACGUGAACCACGCGUUGGGCUUGAGUUACUUGAUUCGCGCGUAUCAAAGCCGUGGACAUGAAGUCGCCCGGUUGGACCCGUUGGGCUUGGACGUCCGCCCGCCCCUUCCCGAACUCGACAUUUCCAUGUAUGGAUUCACGGAAGCCGACUUGGACAAGACGAUCGCGAUCCCUAAAAACUUUGCGUCGGGCGUCACGGGCUUCCUCGAAGAAUUGAGCGACGGCCAAAACCCAACCUUGCGCUACAUCUUGCAGCGCCUCAAGGAGACGUACACGAGCUCGAUCGGCGUGCAAUACAUGCACAUCGCGGACCGUGAAAAGUGCAAUUGGAUUCGCACCCACUUGGAAUCUCUGGUCAAGAAAGACGAAACAAAGGAGAAGAAGAUGCACAUUCUGGAACGGCUUGCGUUUUCGGUGGUGUUUGAGCGCUUUUUGGGCAACAAGUACAACACUACCAAACGGUUUGGUUUGGACGGCGGGGAAUCGCUGAUCCCGGGCCUCAAGUACAUGAUUGAUCGCGCGACGGAGCUGGGCAUGGAGCACGUUGUGAUUGGGAUGCCCCAUCGUGGUCGGUUGAACGUGCUGUCGAACGUGAUCCGCAAGCCGAUCCACCAAAUCUUCAAGGAAUUCCAGGGCACGCACGUCGAUAUGGGCAAGUACAGCGAAGAGCACGCCGACUGGAGUAACUCUGGCGAUGUCAAGUACCACUUGGGCACGUCGUUCGAUCGCACGUACCCCGAUGGCCGCAAGGUCCACUUGAGCUUGGUGGCAAACCCGUCCCACUUGGAAGCAGUCAACCCUGUCGUGGUCGGCAAGUGUCGCGCCAAGCAAUUCUACUUGGGCAAUGACGAUGACGCCGACACCAAGGUGAUGCCGCUCCUACUUCAUGGGGACGCCGCGUUCAGCGGACAAGGUGUUGUGUACGAAACCAUGCACUUGGCUGAAUUGGAAAACUACGACACGGGCGGCACCGUCCAUGUCGUAGUGAACAACCAAAUCGGGUUCACCACCGACCCCAAGAACUCGCGGUCGUCGCAGUACUGCAGUGACGUCGGCAAGGCGAUGAACGUCCCGAUUUUCCACGUGAACGGCGACGAUCCGUUGGCCGUGGUCAAGGUGUUCGAGUUGGCGGCGGAAUGGCGUCAAAAGUGGCGCUCGGACGUGAUUGUCAAUUUGACGUGUUAUCGUAAAUACGGCCACAAUGAAAUCGACAACCCGUUCUUCACGCAGCCGCUCAUGUACAAGAAGAUUGGAAGCAUGCCGAGCGUGCUGGACUCGUACUCGGAGCAACUCAUCGCGUCGAACGUCGCGACCAAGGCCGAGACGGACGCGAUCAUUCAAAAGGUGUGGGACUUUUACGGCGAAACGUUUGAAGAGUCCAAAACGUGGGAAGACAGCAAGAAGAGCGACUGGCUCGCCAACAAGUGGGAGUCCUUCAAGAGCCCGACGCAGCAGUCGCGCAUUCGUACGACCGGCAUGGACUUGGACAAACUCCGACACAUUGGCGAGCGCCUCACGGCCAUCCCGGACGGAUUCCAGCUCAACGCCCAAUUGAAGCGUAUUUUGGCUGCCAAAGCUCAAGCUAUCCAGUCGGGCGAAGGACUCGACUGGGGUACCGCUGAAGCGCUUGCUUGGGGCGGUCUCCUCCUCGAAGGCAACCAUGUGCGCAUUUCCGGUCAAGACGUUGAACGAGGCACGUUCAGCCACCGUCAUGCUGUCUUGCACGACCAAGAUACCAACCAAGAGUAUGUGCCGUUGAACACGCUGGCCAAGUCCGUCAACCCCGCGACCGCCGUCACAACGCCGGGCGAGCACACGCAAGCGCCGUUUGUUGCGUCCAACUCGUCGCUGUCCGAGUUUGCUGUCCUCGGGUAAGGCGCCACCACAAGGUGGGAUUGCCGUGGUCAUGUCGUUUGGGUAGGUUUGAGCUCGGGUACUCGUUGGAAAACCCGAACGCGUUGGUGAUGUGGGAGGCGCAAUUUGGUGAUUUUGUCAAUGGCGCGCAGAUCAUUGUCGACCAAUUCUUGAGUGCCGGCGAAGACAAGUGGAUGCGCCAAAGCGGCCUCGUCAUGCUGCUGCCCCACGGGUACGAAGGACAAGGCGCCGAGCACAGUUCGUGCCGCAUCGAACGAUUCCUCCAGCAAACGGACGACGACCCGAAUAUUGUGCCACCCAUGGACGAGUCGAAUCGCAUGCAAAUUCAACAAACGAACUGGCAAGUCGUGUAUUGCUCGACCCCCGCGCAGUACUUUCACGCGCUGCGCCGCCAAAUCCACCGCGACUUCCGAAAACCCCUCAUCUCGGUGCAACCCAAGUCGCUUCUGCGCCUCAAGCAAGCUUCGUCCAACUUGGCCGACCUCGGCCCCGGCACCAAGUUCCACCGCUUGCUUCCGGAUCCCGCCACAAACCUCGUUGCCGACGACCAGAUCAAGCGCGUUGUCUUUUGCACGGGCAAGCUCUAUUACGAGCUGGCUGCCGAGCGUGAAGAACACGGCAUUAAGGACAUUGCUCUGGUGCGCGUGGAGCAGAUCGCGCCGUUCCCGUUUGACAAGGUGGCUGAACAAGCUGCCAAGUACAAGAACGCCGAAAUCAAGUGGGCCCAAGAAGAGCCUGAAAACAUGGGGUUCUGGUCGUAUGUGGCUCCCCGUAUCGAAACCGCGUUGACGACGAUCUCGAAAGACUCGCGACGCGCGACGUACAUUGGUCGCCCGACUUCGGCCGCCCCCGCCACCGGCUACGGCGCUGUCCACGUGCUGGAGCAGAACCGCAUCGUGAAGAAAGCAAUGGGUCUGCCCGUCAAGAAGCAAUAAAUCGUGCCCGACUCGUGUGUGCAGUAACGCAGUAACGUUGACAAUACGGCACGCUGUCGCAUGCAUGUACAUCCACGUGCUGCCAAGCACGGAGGACGACUGCUGGCUCGAGCAUGAUGCCGCUUGCAAGUGAGCGGCAUGCGUGAUAGAGACCGGCCGCGCGUCGUCCAUGCACGGCCCGCUCCCAUCCAUUCUUCCUGGAUGCAUUCGAUGCG